AUGCUAGUGUUGUUCAGCCGCGUGCGGGAUGUGUUAGAUGGCAGCAGCGCCCUAAUCAAGCUUCGGUCGUAUAAAACUGAUCGUACCUACGGUGACUUGUUGUUGAAACCCCGAGAAGGCACCAAACGAAUUCUUCGUAUAUUCGUUGAGAAGUACCGUUCGGAUAUCCCCCAAAGGAGAAACAGCAAGUAUUUGUUCUGUACACAGUCCGGAGAUGCACUGUCGCAAGACUGUCUAAAACUUAAUCCUUCAUAUAAUUGGUAUCGUAAGUGGAUGUCUAACUUCAUAAUACUGAAAUGCCCCAAUUUAUUGCCGUCGGUUGCUCGAUGGCAGGGGGUAUCGAGUGCCACACUCCGGGCGCAUUACAUGCACCCUCGAGUGCACGAGAACAUAGCUGUAACUACAACCAUCCCUUUGUCUUUUGAUGAAUAUCAUCAGAAGUUCUGUGAGUUGUUUCGGGACCAGUUAGAUGAAGAAUCGUUUUGGAAACCAAGUGAGAGGGAAGUGUUGGAUCCAUUUAAGGAAGACUAA